UGUAACGUUAACUUGCAUUCACAAAUGUAAUACAAAGGCUGGUUUCAUUCAGUUUUCAACGUUCAGUUUGUAAAAUGUCUUGUUCUGAUUAAAUUGCCACCCUAAUCCUAGUCCUAAUGGUAGGCUUCCAGCUAGCAGUGAAGCUUCUUAAUUAGCCACAACGUAACCAGUUAUCGAUGUGAAUGACCAACGUGCAAUCUCGCCCCUGGCACGUCAAAGGAAAAUACACCUGAAUAAAGGCAUGCAUUGUGAUUUGUGACAGAGUGUACCAGAAAUGAGUUGCACUUUCCACCUCCUGGUUUCCCGUAGUGACUUCUACCAUGGCCGGUUUCUGCUCUUGUCUCGACAGUCCCUGUUGCCCAGAGCGCUCAGCUCCAAGCCCCAGAUCAGCCGCAGCCUGCAAGAGAGCUACAGGCUUCUGCAACUGCCUGACGAGGGACACAACAGUCCUGCGCAGGUGAAAGAGGCCUACUUGCGCCUCGCCAAGCUCUACCACCCGGACUCUGGGGCUCCGACUGCAGACGCAGUGCUGUUUGCUCGGGUUGAGGAGGCCUAUCGUGCUGUGCUGGCACAUCAGAGCAAGUCUAAGCAACCUGAUGAAGGGAAGGAAGCUGAAGAGGAGGAUAAGUCCAGAGGUACAGCAUUUCCACACAGACACUACCUCAGUUACGAGGGUGUGGGUUCGGGCACGCCCAGCCAGCGUGAGCGUCAGUACCGGCAGAUUCGCAUCGACCGGGCAUCCGAGCAGGUUUUGAACUACCGGCAGAGGGAGCACGAGAGGGCAGCCGCUGCAGAAGGGAUGCUGGUGGAACGGGACAUACGUCAGCGCAGCCGAAAGAUCAAGAUCACCCAGGCUGUGGAACGGCUUGUGGAGGACCUGAUCCAGGAGUCCAUGGCCCGAGGAGACUUCAGGAACCUGAGUGGCGCUGGAAAGCCCCUUAACAAGUUUGAGCACAAUCCAUACGCUGAUCCUAUGACCCACAACCUUAACCGCAUCCUCAUAGACAAUGGGUACCAGCCACCCUGGGUCGUCACCCAACGAGACAUUCGAGAGACCACUGCACAGAUCCGAAACAAGCUAUUGGAGGGGAGGGCCAGGCUCGGCGACCCCAUGACCCCCAAAGAGAACAGCCAAUGGGAGCAACUGUGUGCAUCUGUAGAGGAGGAGUUGGUGAAACUUAACAAGACAGUGGACAGUUACAACCUCAUCGUACCGAUGCUCAACAUGCAAAUGGUCCACUUCAGUUUGUCACGAGAGAUUGACCGUGCUGUGAAGGGAGCCUGCCAACACAGACUGGACCAGCAGAGAGAGAGACAAGAGGAGAGAGAGAGGAGGAAGGAAGAGAAAAAAAGAGCCAACGCAGUAACUAUGCCUAAAAAUACCAAACAAGGUCUGAUGUAUUGGAUGAAGCAUUGGCUCAGAUUAAACCACUAGAACUCUGAAUCUAAGAGAACAGAAACAUGAUUUGAUGAUAAGUGUUUAAUUAGUUUGCACUCAAACCAAUCAUUACAGUCCAAGGGGCAAUUAUUUCAGACAGACUUGGUCACCCGCUUUUUUCUAAA